GAUACCAUUUGUACUCAUUCCCGGAAGAAAACAAAGUGAAAAUGUGUUGGAAAUGGUCGACUAAUAGUUAUUGAACAUGGUUUAAAGUGGGAUUUCCUGUCCUUCUCACUCAGUCCGGUGUCAGUCAGGGAUUUAAACUCAAAUCGCCAUAAUGUAAACGGAGUUUACGUCAGAUCUGUGGUUCCAUGAGAAAAUAAACUCAACAUGGCGGUUGCGAAUGGUCCGAACAGUGAAAUUGUGGACACCCUUCGGAAUCUAGAACGAGGACUGGUUGUGACCAUAUUCUUUGCAAGGAGGAGACCAGAAAGGCGGACUCUCAAAGUGAAAUUAGAAACCAGACAGCUUUUAUGGAUCAAGGCACAAGGUGGCAGGCCAGAAGGCACAGCGAAUUUGCGGGAGGUGAAGGAAGUGCGAGCAGGGAAGAGUUCACGAGACUUCGACAAAUGGCCAGAUGAAGCGAGAAAAGCAGACAGCAACCUCUGUUUUAUACUCAUAUAUGGCAAUGACUUCAAACUGAAAACUCUCUCUGUUGUUGCUUCUUCCCCCGACGACUUCAGACGAUGGAAGUCCGGACUAGAUUGGUUGGAAAAAAGUGCCAAAAAUGCUCCUUAUCAGCAUCAGCUUGAACGAUGGCUGCGACGGGAGUUUUACCUCAUAGACAAGGCUGGAAGUGAUGUGGUGACGUUGAAGACAAUGAAGGCCUGGAUGCAGCGUGUGAACACAAAGAUUCCGACCAAUAAACUCAGGGAACGCUUCCAGGAAAUCGUAGAAAAAGGUGGAAAAGAAGAACUGGUGUUUGAACAGUUCGCUCUGCUGUUCCACCGACUUGUGUUUGUACCUGUGAUUAUAACCAAUUAUUUAGAGUUUUACUUGGAAUGUCCUCCACAGAAAGUUAUUAAUCCAGAAAAAUUUCAACAGUUUUUGAAACAUGAACAAAAGGAGAGCAUUUCAGAAAACCUUGUUGCAGUAAAGGAGAUGAUGGUGAAAUUCCUUGCUGAUCCAAUCCGUCACAAAAACAAUGUGUACUUUACAGAUAUGGAGUUUCAAGACUACUUGUUUUCCAAAGACAAUACUAUUUGGGACGACAAGCAUGACAGGAUCAACCAGGAUAUGACCCAACCAUUGUCUCAGUACUGGAUAGCUUCCUCUCAUAACACAUACCUAACAGGAGACCAGAUAUCAAGUGACUCGUCUGUGGAGGCCUACGUACGCUGUCUCCGUAUGGGUUGUAGAUGUAUAGAGUUGGAUUGUUGGGAUGGCCCAGAUGGCUACCCCAGUAUAUAUCACGGCCACACACUGACCUCAAGGAUUCGAUUUCUCGACGUUCUUAAAGCUAUCAAGGAUCAUGCCUGGGUCGCAUCAGAGUACCCGCUUAUUCUGUCCAUAGAAAACCAUUGUUGCCUUGGUCAGCAAAGAAACAUGGCCAUGGCUUUUAAAGACACGUUCGGAGCUGACUUACUGGUAGAACCAGUGGACGGAGACCAACACCAGUUGCCUUCACCAGAGAAACUCAAGCGUAAAGUCAUCCUAAAGCAUAAAAAGUUGGAUCUUCCCAAAGAUGGCGGUGCUACAGAAUGUGUUGUGGAUAGAGUGGAUGAAAAUAUGCCAACGGGACGGGAAGGAGAUAUGAACAAUGCAGUGAAAACUGGGGUGUUGUACCUAGAGGACCCAUUUGAAAGUGUAUGGCAUCCUCACUUUUUUGUGUUGACGAGUACAAAGCUACACUACACCGGGGAGACGGACCAAAACCAGCAGGAAGAGGAUGAUGCUGAAGAAGACAACGGAUCUGUGACGAGUGAGGACCGCCCCCAGGACGAACUCCACUUCAGCGAACGUUGGUUCCAUGGAAAGUUAGAGGGAGGGAGAAACAAGGCCGUGGAACUCUUACGAGAAUAUGCCUCCCUGGGAGAUGGAGCUUUCCUGGUCCGAGAGAGUGAGACAUUUGUCGGAGACUUCUCUUUGUCAUUCUGGUGGCAAGGAACUACACAGCACUGUCGUAUCAAGUCCAAACAAGAGAUGGGUACCACCAAGUAUUUCCUGAUUGAGACCACCCUGUUUGAUAGCCUUUAUGAACUUAUCACCUUCUAUCGUACCAACCCACUCCGCAGUCAGAACUUCUCGAUCAUUCUGUCCGAGCCCAUUCCACAACUCGUCAGUCAUGAGGGCAAAGAUUGGUUUCACUCCAACCUUGACCGUAGCCAGGCUGAGGACAUGUUGAAGAAGAUUGGAAGAGACGGAGCCUUCCUUGUCCGCCGAAGUGUCAAAAACCAGGACUCCUAUGCUAUAUCAUUCAGAGCUGAUGGGAAAAUCAAGCACUGUCGUAUCCAGAAUGAGGAGCGCUUGUUUGUUAUUGGAUCAGCUGAGUUUGAGAGUUUGGUGGACCUCGUGGAGUACUACGAAAAGAACCCUCUGUAUAAUAAAGUCCGUCUCAAAUAUGCCGUCAGUCAGCGACUCGUAGAGGAGAGAGGCGUGGUACCGGAUAUGGAUGAGAAUCGUGGAGCAGAGGGAAUUUAUCACCAGCCAAAUGAGUUUGUAACCAAGGUAAAGGUCAAAGCUCUGUACGACUAUCCAGCGAACCGCACGGAUGAACUCUCCUUCCUGAAGGGUGCUAUCAUCACCAAUGUCAACAAGUCCGACAAUGGGUGGUGGCGUGGUGAUUAUGGUGACAAGAAGCAGGCCUGGUUCCCCGACUACAUGGUGGAAGAGAUUGAGACCCAGGAUGAGUCUGCAGACACGACUCCCUUGGGGGCUAUGCAGAAAGGCUGCAUAGAUGUUCAGGGCUGUAAAAUAGAGCCAGUGAGUCGAACAGACCGUCCGUUUGUUGUGCGUAUCUUUACACGUACACAAAACGUUCCGAUUGAAGUGGCCGCCGACAGUGAAGCGGAGAUGAAGGAAUGGAUAGAGAAUAUCAACAUGUGUACUAACAAUCUGGAUGGAACGAAACAAGAGGACAAACGAUUAGAGCGUAAGAAGUGUCUGGCUCGUGACCUUUCUGACCUCGUCAUCUACACCAUUGCAGUGCCAUUUGAACCGCAAAGAGUAAUGAACAAUCCAAAUUGCUGCGAGAUGUCUUCAUUCUCUGAAACCAAGAUGGAGAAGUUUUUCUCUCUGUCUCAGGCAAAUUUCUUUGUCAAAUACAAUAGGAAUCAGUUAAGUCGUGUCUACCCUAAAGGGUCACGGCUCGAUUCCUCCAACUAUGACCCAGUGCCUUGCUGGAACGUGGGCACACAGAUGGUGGCCCUUAACUAUCAGACUCCGGACCGCUCUAUACAGCUCAACCAGGGGCGUUUCCUCAGGAACGGAAACUGUGGCUACCUACUGCAGCCUGCGACGAUGAAAAUCCCAGUGUUCAAUCCUUAUGACAAGACCACUCUACAAGGGGUGGCCCCUCUCACCAUAUCAAUCACGGUAAUAGGUGCUCGUCACCUGGUGAAGUCCGGCCGCGGAAUAGCUAGUCCUUUUAUAGAGAUAGAAGUUACCGGAAUUGAUUAUGACGUCCACAAGUUCAAAACUCCAACAAUAGCGGACAAUGGCCUGAACCCUGUCUGGAAGGACAACAAUUUUGUGGUUUUUGACCUGCUGUGUCCAGAACUUGCAAUCAUUCGCUUCGUCGUCCAGGAUGAGGAUACCUUUGGAGAACCAAACUUCCUCGGACAGGCCACCUUCCCUGUCCCAUGCAUCAAAAGUGGUUAUCGGAGUAUACCCCUGAAAAAUGGAUUUGGGGAGGAUUUAGAAAUGGCCGCCAUCCUAGUCCACAUGGAGAUGCGGAACCCCCAGGAAUCGGAGGACUGUUACAUAUACGGAUGUAUACAGGAACUCCUGGAAACCAAGAACAAACUCACAAGAGAAUUAGAGGAAAUGGAACAAUCCGGACAGAGUGAUAAUGCUAUCCAGUCUCUUCAAGAUGAACUCAAAGAGACAGAGCAGGUUCUACUCGCCAAGAAUGAGGAACGGCGACAGAGAAAGAUGACGGUGAAGCAGAACAAAAAAGUGGUCUACCGACGGACGUCCGCUAGUUGAUGAUGUAAGGAACAGAUAGAGAGGGGACACUAAUAGCAAUAAUCUAAUGCUGUAUAUACAUGAUAUAACCAUCACUGCUGGUAAUCCUCACGAACCUGAUUGGUCCCCGACUCCGAAUCCAAGUGCUAAUUACUGACAACUUUGCAUACUUCGUUUUUUUUUUUUCUGGAAAUUUUACCAAACCAGAAUAAAGAGUCCUGACUUGUUCAAAAUUUGCAUUUUACGCCUGAACGAUCAACAUCUUUCAAUCAUUUGUAUUGUUGUAUUGUCUUUUCCAUGUCCAAAUUUCUUGAGGAUCUUAAGACCGUUUGUACAUGUGAAUAAGUUCCCUAUCUAAAUUGUUCAUUGAAUGAGAAGUGGACUUUUUCUUCAUUUUUUGUUUGUUUUUUUGUUUUUGCCUGCAUAAAUACUUAGAUUGUAUAUAAUGCGAUAUUUCAGUAACAUGUGUAGAAUGUAUCUGGGUAUAGAAUCUGUAAUGUAGAACUAAUUAAUUCUCAUCAGAGAUAUCUAAUUCAGUGAUAUUCUCAGCAGAGAGAUCUAAUUCAGUGAUAUUCUCAGCAGAGAUCUGAUUCAGUGAUAUUCUCAGCUGAGAUAUCUGAUUCAGUGAUAUUCUCAGCAGAGAGAUCUGAUUCAGUGAUAUUCUCAGCAGAGAUCUGAUUCAGUGAUAUUCUCAGCAGAGAUCUGAUUCAGUGAUAUUCUCAGCAGAGAGAUCUGAUUCAGUGAUAUUCUCAUCAGAGAGAUCUGAUUCAGUGAUAUUCUCAUCAGAGAGAUCUGAUUCAGUAAUAUUCUCAGCAGAGAGAUCUGAUUCAGUAAUAUUCUCAGCAGAGAUCUGAUUCAGUGAUAUUCUCAGCAGAGAUCUGAUUCAGUGAUAUUCUCAGCAGAGAUCUGAUUCAGUGAUAUCUCACUAGAUUCAUCAACAUUCCCUAAAGGUUAUCAAUAUAAAAUACAUAUAUAUCCCAUGAGAGGACUCCAGAAAUAAGGCAAUUCUGUACUGGAGAAAAUAGAGAUUAUCAUAUGGUAAUGUUUUAAUCGAAUAACUUAUUUUGGUAAUUUGUGAUUGAUAAAGCUGGAGUCCUCCAAUUUGGUAGAGAUUUUACUGGAUUAGUCUCCACUUUAUAAUUCUUCCUUUUGAAAGUAAUAUUAGAUUUCAGAAAGAAAUCUUAGUUAAGGAUCUUAGUUAAGGAAUUUUCCUUAAAUUCUUAAAUGCUUUUCUAUGAAUAAUUAAAGAAUUCUCUUAGUUAAGGAAUGUUGAUGAAAUGGGUACCUAACUCUGGUUUCAUUAAAUAACAUUCCUUAGCUUAAGAAAAUGUCUUUAACUAAAAAUUUGAUACAGGGAAAGAUUAAGUUUAGAAAUAUCCUUAAGCUAAGGGAUGUUGAUGAAGCUGGGGCCAGAACUACAUAUCGACUCCAGUCUCAGAUUAUUACAAAUUUCUGAUGUUUACUGCUGUUGUAUCAUUGAAGUAACCACAAGUUGUACUACACUGAGCUGAGCUAUAACCGUAAUUGUGAACAAUUAACAUGUAGUUUUAAUUUUGUAGAGGCUAGGAUUUUUUUUUUUUUUUUUUAUUGUACAAAUACCAUGGUUUAAACGGACAAUUUUAUGAUUAUUAUACAUUAAUGCUAUAUUUAUUUUAGCUAAUGUUUUGCCAAAAUGGUGAGAUUUAUGAUUGGAGUACUGUGAGGUUUGUGAAGGUCAGGGACAAUGGACUCUUGAUGGAGGGUACCUGAUUUGUGGUCCAUUCAAGGGACAUAACUGUGUAAAUUAAAUGUAUAUAAUUAUACUAACAUUGAUAAACCUGCCAUAAAGAAUUGUACUGUAUAGUAAAGUCCAAUGUCUAUAAUUAUCUGAGAUUUCCAUAGUAUUGACCAAAUGCUUUAAAAGCAUAACUCACAAGCAUUUGAACAAUUGUAUUUUAUUAUGUACCUAUACCACAGUGUACAUCUUGUAAACAAAAUUUUCGAGAAAAAAUAUAGAAAAUGUCUUUGAAUGUAAAUACUUAUUAGAUUUCACAGAAAGUAUAAAAUAGUAAUAAUGUCCUGAGAUUAAUCUCAAUAAGGCAUUCAAUUGAUAGUGUAUAUUCUAUUGUAAUAAAGGGCAAGAACUGUGUAUUGAAAAUUUUCCUUGACAAAUCUCAGAACUUGCUAACGAAUGCUCGGAACUUGCUAAAAAACACCAUUGAAACCACAUUAUGUAAUAAUAUUCAAAUGUACUGCAGUAAGUGGCUGCACUCACAACAUAGGCUUACCAAUCAGUAUUUCUGUGCGACAACGUCCAAGCCUGCAAAAAUACAAAUGUUCUGCUCAGUUUUGGAGGAUAGCUUUAAUUAAUUGUAUUAUACAAUAUAGGUUUCUGACAAUAUUACUAAGAAAUUGAAAUGUGUUUUUCUACCAUAAUUCUUUAAGAAACAAUUUCAAUUCAUUUUGCUGAUGUCUGAAAAGGUGACAAAAUAUCAGGAUGGAGGGGUUUGUGUGGAAUCAGUGUCCUUGCUAUAUUACAUUAUCAGCUUGUAGGUGCAUUUACUGUAGAAAUUGUGGAUUCAGUGUGAUGAAAUCAAGCCCCAAACUUUGUAUACAUCACAUCUGUACAAAUCAUAUAUUCAGAAAAAUAUUGACAAGAACAUUUUUUUUUAAAUUGUGCGCUGCUUGAACAAAGAUGAUUGUCAUUUAACUGUUUGAAAAGAAUCUGGAUUGACAAAUGCAUGCUGUACAUUGUGUAUUGAUAAGUUAAACUGUUCAUACUGGGGAGAUUUUUGCUGAUGCUGAUGAUGUGAAUUAUUGGAACAUUAUUGCCGUCAUUGAACAUUUGAGAGUUCCCACAAUUUAACAAAUUUUCAGUCAACACAUUUUCAACAGUGAUUCCAUAGUUUCCUGUGAAUUAAUCACAACACCAUAUACAUGUAUAUGGCUCCUUAUCGCAAAGGCAACUCUUGGUAAACUACUGUAAGAUAACACAUGGCUUAUACCUUGAAACUAGUGUAACAGUAUUCUUGGAUGGACACAGAUAUCCAUUGUUUGCUUGCGAUAUUGUAUAGAUAUCACGAUGUUGCGAUUUACACUUCAUUGGUUUUUUUUUUUAUUAUUAAUUUAGCAAAUCUUUUGUGAGAUCCAUUUAUUCUAAUUAUAUUUUUUUCUAUCUCUUAAUUUAAGCUGCUGGCCAUAGUUGUUUGCAGUGCAAUUUUUUUAAUUGAGUUGUACUAUUGGACAUACAAGAAAAAUAUAUUAAAUUUCUUAUAACUGACAUAUUGAAAAAAGUGCUAAAUUUAGAAAUUGAACUUACAUAUGUACUAUCGUGUAGUUUAACGCCUAAGAUUGACUGGAAAAACUUGUGUACUAUCAAGUGUACUACAUUAUUGUAUGCUGGUAUUUCUAAGGAGGACAAUUAUACACUGUUAUAUUUUCCUAUAAAAGUGUUAUAGAAUUGAAUAUCAAAAGUAUGAAUUAACAUGCCCUGAUUCAACAAGAGCUGUUAGGAAAACUAGCAUCAAUCUGUAACAGUUUUUAAGUUUGGCGCAAUUUACAGGAAGGUUGUUCAAUAAUGACUUUGUAUAUUGUUGAAGUUGCAUUUAAUGAAUUUUCAUAUUCUAUAUGCUUUGAAGAUUUUACUGCAAAGUUUUGUUUUACCAAGAGAUGAUCAAUGCAGUGAUCGUAUACUACUUGUUAGAGUCUAAUAUGAUGCAAUACAUCUGCUCUUUUUCUCUACUGAAGAUCAUCGGUUACAUUACAGUGACUACCGUAUUUACCGCAAGUAAGCUACUGUCCCGUUCCCUCAUUUUUGAAGAACCAUCAAUUUCAGUAAGUAGUAAGCUAAAACUUAAAUACAAGUACUUAUGUUUUAAACUAGGGAAGGGGCUAAUUUGAGGAUAAAUAUCUCAUUUUGGUUAAAGUACAUAUGCUUGGACAAGACUUUGAUUUAGUGGAUUCAUGUUAAACUAGAAUCAUACAUACCAUAUAGAUUCUGUAAUAAGCCCAGGGGGACAACAUUUAAACUUGAUUGACCCAAGGUAGGGUUGGAUACUCUAUAAACAGCGAGUAGAAGAUGCUAUGGGUGGGAUUUAUACUAAGGUGGAGUAAUAUCUGGAAACAGUCCCAACUUAAGACUGCCUGAAGUGAGAUCUAUAUAUCCUUAAAACGGUGGGAUAUUUGUAAAGAGUUAUUUUUUGCAGGUGUAUUUCAAAUUGUGUACAGGUAUUUGUGAUUCAGAAUUCAAUUAUUUUUUUUUUAGAUUUUAUUAUUUUAUGAAAUAUCAUAAUCAUGGAGACAUUCUUCUGACAAACUUGUGUAAUUAAUAUUCUUUCUGAUGAAAUAGUUUAAUAAUUUAAUAUUAUUGAAUACCAUGUUGCUAUACACCACCACCCCCAUUCCCACCCCCACCGCUCCCCCAACUCGUAGCAAUUGCCUCCUGAGCGUAUUACUGGAAACAUACCGCAUCAUACCAUACAUAAAUUUCAUAUAUUUACUCAAAGAAUUGCUUGUUCGAUCCAAUAUCUAGGCUCCAAGCUGGAGACCACAUACUACUUGCUAGGAAUUAACUCUGUCAUGUUAUUAAGGAUUUUAUUGUAAGUCAUAGAUGUAAAGAGACUGAAUGGAGAGUGUAUACCCUCAAUAUCAUUUUCUUCCAGUUGUUUCAUUUUUUAUACACUUUCUUCAUGAGUUAUUUGUGUUCUGGUAGUUUUGUCGUUACUUGGUGUGGCCAAUUCCUUACUGAAUGUGUAGAGCACAGGAAGCUGUAGAAAUAGGUUUGUGUUUGUUAGAUGAGGGGUAAAAUUGUUAGUGUUAAUUGAUUUGUUGUACAGGUACAUACAAAUUUUUACACAGUAUAUAUAAAAUACAAGUAGUUGACCUACAUAAAUGAUUGUUAAUGCUCUUUUUUAUAUUUCUGUACUCCUAAAAACUGAGAUUAUAGCUGAAACGGAAGGUCUUUAGUAAAGGACUUUAAGCUUACAUACAAAGCUUCUGUCAAGGUUAAAGGGUCCGGAGUCACCUUUGACCCCUUCUGUAAUAAAAAGAUUGGGUACCAGAUAAUUGAUGAAACCCUUGACAGAUUUAGUUCAUAUGCACAAAGAUUAGGUAGGAACUGGAUUGAUUUCACAUACACAAUCUCAAUGGCAAUUUCAUGAUUGUGAGUAAAUUUACAUAAAGAAAAUGUGAGUGGCUAUCAAAAACAAAUUAUUUUGUUUGCAUUGUUUAGUUAGAACAGAUUGGAAAUAGGAGUUAUUCAAUACUACAUUAAAGAUGAAUAUUUUUAGUUCGAGACUUAAUGUUUUCUUUAUAUUUUUGAAUUUUUAACGUGUGUACUGUUAAUUAUAGGUAUGAGGGGAGUGAUUUUACUGAUGUUAUCGUGCUGUGUCAUCGCUGUAUGAUGUGUCGCGUAGCAAUAAUCAAACAAUGCUGCCAUAGAUUAGCAGUAUGCAAACUGAUUACAGUCCUCAUCGAAGCUUUCUUUACAAGGAUUUUCAUAAGAAAAUUCGGAGGUUAGAUUAAUGGCUUGGUUAAACUUAAAAACCAAAUAUUGUUAAUUUGUAGAAAGUAUUUUCAUUAGUUAGUAUACAUACUGUCCAUGACCUUAAUAAUAUGAACUUUGACCCCACAGAAAUUGCAUCAUCACACUUUUGUGGUGAAUGAUAUCUUAUAAAGUGAUGAUGAUUAUAAAAUGACAAUAUCCUAUGAACUAGCAGGUUUUGGUAGGAGACGACACUAAGAAUUAAUUUUUAAUCACUGUUUAGAUGACACUAAGAAUUAAUUUUUAAUCACUGUUUAGAUGACACUAAGAAUUAAUUUUUAAUCACUGUUUCCAAUGAAUCUCCUUCUGAACGCCACCGUUUGGGCUCUAGACAUCACAGUCAUAUAGGUUGCCUGGCCCCAGUUUCAUCAAUAUUCUAAAAUUUAAGAUUUUCCAUACGAAAGCAAUAUGGAAUUGAAGGCAAGUCUCAACUGAGAUUUCCCCCUUAAAUCCAAUAAUGCCUUCCUAUGGAAAAUUUUAAAUAAAGGAAUUGAUUUGAAUUAAGAACGUUGAUGAAAUAGGGGCCUGAUUUUAUGGUAAAUAGUGCUGAAGAGCUUCCUAUGAUAAAGGUUAUUUAACAGAGAGAUGGAUCAAAGUUUAGAAGCCUAUGGGUAGUGUAUUAAAUAUUUUACAUGUUAACCAUGGAGAACUAUCACAUAUUUACCUGAUGGCUGGUUAACAGUCAAUUUCUAAUUCAUCUGCUGUGUAGAUAUACCACCAAAUACUUAAUUGUACAGUUUGUAUAGACAAUUACAUUGACAGCAGAUAUAUAAAUUUUUAAAAUUUCAAAAAUCAACUUUGCAAACGUUUGGAGACACAAACACAAACACAGAAAAUAUUCUCACAAAUAUCAAUUCAAUACUGCAAUAAAUCUUUAGAAUCAACAUUUCAUUUCAAAAGAUUUUUAAAAAUAUUGACUCAACACUGUGAAAAGGGAAUUAACACUUCAGCCUAAAGAUUCCCAACAUCUAGAUUCAACACUGGCCAAUCUUUGUUAUUUUACCAGUUAACGGAUGAAGUACAUGUAAAUUAUUGAACUAAUUUGCAGGUAAUGAAUUAAGUAACCUGCAUUUAAUUAUUUGGAUUUCUUUCUAGUUAUCAUAUACAUGUAAUGACUGCAUAUUAUUUCAGAUGUAGUUAUAAAUUUGCUGGUUGUUUAAAUGCUAAUACGCAUAUCAUACAACACUGUUUCUUUAAAUUAACACAUUACUCAGUAGGUUUAUUUAAAAUUGUCUUUCUGACUACGAACAGAACAUGUUUUGUUACUACUAGUUUAUAUCAUAUACAAUCAAUUAUUGUAGGUUAUGUGAAGAAAAAAAUCAGCUUAAUAUGAAUUUGUUUACUCAGACAGUUCCUUUUAAAAACAUAGUUUUGUGGGGUUUUUUUUCAUAAAUUCACUAUACUUUUCAAAUGAUUAUGCUGGUAUGAAUACUUAAUCUUUUUUUUUAUUAUUUGUUACUAAUUUUGUGCCAUUUAUGUUUUCUAGUUUGGUUGUUGGACACCAUUCUCAAACAAAUCAUAUUGUUCUUCAGAAAAUUCUCACAUUAGUCUGUGUGUAUCAGAUUUCAAAUUCUAAGAUCAUGUUUAAUUCAAUGGCAAUUCAAAACAGUGGAAGAGUAAGCUUGCAUAUGAUGGAAAAAACAAAAGAAAAUCGUUUGAAAACUGACAAAACUUGGAAACACUGUUAAAAUCUGUCAUUGUUCUCACUUGCUUUUUUUAACAACUAUUUCUAUCGGUCUAGUUUUACAAGUGAAAGUGUUGCAGCAGGACUCUGUGUUUACAAAGUGGCUUUGUUUUGUUUUGCAAUGGUGCAGUGUCUGACUUUCACUCUCGGUGUUAACAUUUUGUGUUAACUUGCCUGGUAAUACUUUAAAGUAGAAGUUCUGGUAUUCCGUGUUCACUAUCUAGGUAUUUGGUGUGGUCAUAACCUCUGGUAUUCUGCGAUCACGAUGUCCAAUAUUGUUUGGUCAUAACCUCUGGUAUUCUGUGAUCACGAUGUCCAAUAUUGUUUGGUCUUUAUAUUUGAAAUUCCUUGGUCACAAUCUCUGGUAUCUAUGAUCACAAUGCCUAAUAUUGAAUUAUUCUUUGGUCACAAUUUCUAGUAUCUGCGAUCACAAUGUCUAAUCUGUGAUCACAAAGUCUAUUUUUCUUUGGUCACAAUCUCUGGUAUCUAUGAUCACAAUGUCUAAUAUUAUUUGGUUAGUCUACACUAUUCUAUGUCCUUACCAGGUGAUACAAUAUUCUGCAGUAACGACUGUUUUCUAAGUGUCCUUUUUGUAUGUUGACUCAUAUUACAUGUAUUUAGCUUUAUAAGUAAAACUGUACCAUACUUAUAUAUAGUACAUAUACAAUGAUUGAGAAAUAACCAAAGCUGUGAAAAAUUGUUAACUAUGUGAUACAAUAAAUUUGAAAUCCUGAA